AUGAGGAUAAACAUUCCAACAAAUAUGUUCAGUAAUAAACUUCCCGUAUUGUCCUUCACUUGGGUUAAAAUGGGAAUAGGAUUUGGGUUGAUGUGUACUGAGGUCAGUGGGUUUGGUAGUACAGUACGGGAACCUAAAGAUCCUCUCUGCCUGGUGUAUCCUAACCUGGCCUAUCUGUUUCUCUUCCUGGUGUAUCCUAACCUGGCCUAUCUGUCUCUCUUCCUGGUGUAUCCUAACCUGGCCUAUCUGUCUCUCUUCCUGGUGUAUCCUAACCUGGCCUAUCUGUCUUUCUGCCUGGUGUAUCCUAACCUGGCCUAUCUGUCUCUCUUCCUGGUGUAUCCUAACCUGGCCUAUCUGUCUUUCUGUCUGGUGUAUCCUAACCUGGCCUAUCUGUCUUUCUGCCUGGUGUAUCCUAACCUGGCCUAUCUGUCUCUCUUCCUGGUGUAUCCUAACCUGGCCUAUCUGUCUCUCUUCCUGGUGUAUCCUAACCUGGCCUAUCUGUCUUUCUGCCUGGUGUAUCCUAACCUGGCCUAUCUGUCUCUCUUCCUGGUGUAUCCUAACCUGGCCUAUCUGUCUUUCUGCCUGGUGUAUCCUAACCUGGCCUAUCUGUCUCUCUUCCUGGUGUAUCCUAACCUGGCCUAUCUGUCUUUCUGCCUGGUGUAUCCUAACCUGGCCUAUCUGUCUCUCUUCCUGGUGUAUCCUAACCUGGCCUAUCUGUCUUUCUGCCUGGUGUAUCCUAACCUGGCCUAUCUGUCUCUCUUCCUGGUGUAUCCUAACCUGGCCUAUCUGUCUUUCUGCCUGGUGUAUCCUAACCUGGCCUAUCUGUCUCUCUGCCUGGUGUACCCUAACCUAGCCUAUCUGUCUUUCUGCCUGGUGUAUCCUAACCUGGCCUAUCUGUCUCUCUUCCUGGUGUAUCCUAACCUGGCCUAUCUGUCUCUCUUCCUGGUGUAUCCUAACCUGGCCUAUCUGUCUUUCUGCCUGGUGUAUCCUAACCUGGCCUAUCUGUCUCUCUUCCUGGUGUAUCCUAACCUGGCCUAUCUGUCUUUCUGCCUGGUGUAUCCUAACCUGGCCUAUCUGUCUUUCUGCCUGGUGUAUCCUAACCUGGCCUAUCUGUCUCUCUGCCUGGUGUACCCUAACCUAGCCUAUCUGUCUUUCUGCCUGGUGUACCCUAACCUAGCCUAUCUGUCUUUCUGCCUGGUGUACCCUAACCUAGCCUAUCUGUCUUUCUGCCUGGUGUAUCCUAACCUAGCUUUUACGUCUCUGGAGACUGACCUUGAACUGUCACAGAGACUCAGCAGCACGGACGUGUCUCUCCCUGAACACUGAGUCAGCUAGAACACUGGCAUGGCUCACCCACAUCUGUGGCUUCUGUCUGCCUCAUCAGACUACAUACAGUACAGGCUUCCAAUGCCUGGCUUGCCUAUCAUAGCUAUGCUAAUGAGGAGUUCAGUAGUAACAUUUCUUCAAGUCUCCAAAUAGUACAUGAAACAUAGAUUCUGGGUUUGGCCAGUAUGAUAGUAGAAUAUUUGACAGCAUGAUAACAGUUUCUUCAAGACAGUUAGAUUGAGAGAAUGUGUGGAGGAACUUUGAAGAAUCUCAGAUGUACUCCAAUUCAUGUAUCAGAUAGGGGUAGAGGCAAUAUAUGGAGCAAAGCCAUUCGACCUCUAUGGAACAAUGACAUUCAUCCACUACUAGUACUUGGAAAGUCUACAUUGACCUCAGUAUGAUGUAUAGUGGCUACACAGUUUUUGGAGUGAGAUCUCACAAUCUACUUAAGACAACCGCGUGUAACAUGAGCUGUGAUUGCUUUGUGUGUGAAGACUUCUAUAUAUUCUAUAUAUCAUAGAAUUAAGCCCUCUACCAAAUAGAAUGUAUCAUAGACUAGAUCUAACCUUUAUAUUUUUAAUCAGACCGUUUCUAAGAGUGAAUUUCUAGUCAUUUUCACAACCUACCAAGUGUGAAGUAUAUGAUCACAGUAGAAGACGAUAUAUGAUUUUCUAGGAACAUAGAUUUGUUAGGAACAUCCUGAAAAUAGUUGUUCCAACAAGGUGUCUACCAUUAAAGGAGAGUAUAUACCAACCCUAAAGUAAUAGUAUUUAUUGUGACAACAACAGUGUCUACCAUUAAAGGAGAGUAUAUACCAACCCUAAAGUAAUAGUAUUUAUUGUGACAACAACAGUGUCUACCAUUAAAGGAGAGUAUAUACCAACCCUAAAGUAAUAGUAUUUAUUGUGACAACAACAGUGUCUACCAUUAAAGGAGAGUAUAUACCAACCCUAAAGUAAUAGUAUUUAUUGUGACAACAACAUGCUAAAAGUGUCUAAAAAUCUUGAAACUUCAGUGGUGUAAUAUAGUAUUGUGAUUGUGGAGUCUUGUGUAGGUUUUGACCAGGUUAGUUGUUGUUAUACAUGGCUGUAAGUUAUUUCUACUAUAUUGUAGCUAGUGUACAUUCCAUAAUGGUGGCAAAUAUCUUCUCUGUGUCUCAUACAGUAUCUACUAAUACUUUUCUGUUCUACUAUUACUCAUGUGAUGUUGUUACUCAUUGAUAACUGAGCACUUUUCUACCUUUUGGCCUAAAACAACAUUUGACCUAUCAUCACUUUGGCAAUCUGGCUUUUCUUCGAUGGUUGUGAAUGUGGUGUGUACAUAUACAGUAUGUUAAUAUGUGUCUGUUACAAAAUACAUUCCUGUUAUUAUAGCUUUCCUCAUAGCUUUCAUAACUCAUUUCAUAAUGUUUCUGGCACUGCUGCUUGCACUCUGCACAUACUACUGAAUGUUGCUAUGGUGAUGUACUCUACCAUUCUCUGCCAUACAUAUUGUGCUAACAUGAUGUUAAUGUGAAUAUUAUGAAUGCAGUGGUUCAUUGGGCGCUCUUGUGUAUUAAUAAAAAAAAAUAGUAUGUAAAUGUUCCACUGUACAGGAGAUUUUUAUUUCUUUAAAAAUGACCUUUAUUGGCCCAAUAAUUAAUCAUUACAACAUUUUUUUCAUUUUAACAACCUAGAUAGUUAAAGACAAGCCGCCCUCCUCGUCCACUGUACAUAAAAAAAACUGACGCCCCACACCCCUACAAAAACCCCAGAGAGAGAGAGAGAGAGAGAGACACAGAGAGAGAGAGAGAGACAGAGACAGAGAGAGAGAGAGAGAGAGACAGAGAGAGAGAGAGACAGAGAGAGAGAGAGAGAGAGAGAGACAGAGAGAGAGAGAGAGAGAGAGAGACAGAGAGAGAGAGAGAGAGAGAGAGAGAGAGAGAGAGAGAGAGAGAGAGAGAGAGAGAGAGAGAGAGAGAGAGAGAGAGAGAGAGACAGAGAGAGAGAGAGAGAGAGAGAGACAGAGAGAGAGACUACUGUAUAAUUAUUGUUCUAUUAUGUUGUAAUAAAGAGUCACUCAAGCCUUAUAAAUAUGUUUUUAUUUUAAAGGGCAUCUGUGAAUUUUUGUACCAUUGAAAAACCAGAAGUCUGAUAUUCUCAGUAGGUUUUUUUCGAGAAUGUUUUGUGCUCUGUCUUUGUAAUGCUCGUCAUAAAACGACAACAUUCGUCUUUACACUUUCCUUGUAUCUGUGUGUGUAUAUCAAGCUCACUGUAUGUAUUCUGUGUGUGUAUAUCAACCUCACUGUAUGUAUCUGUGUGUGUAUAUCAAGCUCACUGUAUGUAUCUGUGUGUGUAUAUCAACCUCACUGUAUGUAUCUGUGUGUGUAUAUCAAGCUCACUGUAUGUAUCUGUGUGUGUAUAUCAACCUCACUGUAUGUAUCUGUGUGUGUAUAUCAACCUCACUGUAUGUAUCUGUGUGUGUAUAUCAACCUCACUGUAUGUAUCUGUGUGUGUAUAUCAACCUCACUGUAUGUAUCUGUGUGUGUAUAUCAACCUCACUGUAUGUAUUCUGUGUGUGUAUAUCAACCUCACUGUAUGUAUCUGUGUGUGUAUAUCAACCUCACUGUAUGUAUCUGUGUGUGUAUAUCAACCUCACUGUAUGUAUUCUGUGUGUGUAUAUCAACCUCACUGUAUGUAUCUGUGUGUGUAUAUCAACCUCACUGUAUGUAUUCUGUGUGUAUAUCAACCUCACUGUAUGUAUUCUGUGUGUGUAUAUCAACCUCACUGUAUGUAUCUGUGUGUGUAUAUCAACCUCACUGUAUGUAUCUGUGUGUGUAUAUCAACCUCACUGUAUGUAUCUGUGUGUGUAUAUCAACCUCACUGUAUGUAUCUGUGUGUGUAUAUCAACCUCACUGUAUGUAUUCUGUGUGUGUAUAUCAACCUCACUGUAUGUAUCUGUGUGUGUAUAUCAACCUCACUGUAUGUAUCUGUGUGUGUAUAUCAACCUCACUGUAUGUAUCUGUGUGUGUAUAUCAACCUCACUGUAUGUAUCUGUGUGUGUAUAUCAACCUCACUGUAUGUAUUCUGUGUGUGUAUAUCAACCUCACUGUAUGUAUCUGUGUGUGUAUAUCAACCUCACUGUAUGUAUCUGUGUGUGUAUAUCAACCUCACUGUAUGUAUUCUGUGUGUGUAUAUCAACCUCACUGUAUGUAUUCUGUGUGUGUAUAUCAACCUCACUGUAUGUAUCUGUGUGUGUAUAUCAACCUCACUGUAUGUAUCUGUGUGUGUAUAUCAACCUCACUGUAUGUAUCUGUGUGUGUAUAUCAACCUCACUGUAUGUAUUCUGUGUGUGUAUAUCAACCUCACUGUAUGUAUUCUGUGUGGUUUAUUCUGUGGUUCUUUCUGUGUUUAUGUAACACUAUAUCUUGGUAACACAUGCUGCCUGGUGGAAACUAUAUUUCCCACGAUACAACACAAAACCUCCUCUGCCUUGUAGAACUCACUGAACACUGUAACAACGUAAUGAUGUUUGACGUUUGACCUGGAAAUAAAGCCACUAGUGACCAUA